AUGCAGACGUCAUGGUGUGAUUUACUCCACGUAAAUAUGUAUUAAAUAUUGGCUGAAUUUAUCAGAAUUGGCGUUUUAGAGACAUUUGAGACAAUUAGAGCCUCUCAAUUUUAGAGACAACCGAAGCACGAAUUUUGUUAGUUUAUAAGUCGAAAUGUCUGACGUACAAAGAACUCGUUGUAUGGUGAUACUUGGCUGGGCUCUAUUUUGCGCGUUGUUCAUUGUACAAUUAGUGAUAUUUUCACUUUUGCUUCACAAAUAUCACAACUUGGCAUCGCUUAUAACCUGCAUUGUUUUGUACAUCUGUGCUCUUGCGGUCAUAGUUCUUAUGCUGUUCAUGUUGCGGAAGAACGAUGCGCUUUAUGCUGAAGAAGAUGAAGAAAUUUGUUAUGUUUGGAUUGUUUGCAGUGUUUAUAUUGUUGCUUACACCGUAUCUGUUGCAAUGAUAUUCUGUAAAGUCGCCAAAAAUCUUACCAAAGAUAUGACUGUUGGUAUCAACACAUUGAAAGGAACACUUUCCAUUGCUCCUAUGCUGUUAAUUCUCAUGUUACAGUUGACCAUUUCUCCAAGAUAUCGUAAAGAUAUUUUAUCACUGUCUAUAUUUUCUGCAUUGAAUAUUUUUGAUGGCAUCGAAAUGUUGGAAGUCAUUUUGAUGCACCAUGAACGACUAUUUCAUUUAAACAUUCAUUUGGAAAGGGCCAUCAUUACGUUCGUUUGUACGUCGUUUUUAAUCACUUCUCUUGCUCUCUUUCGAAAUAAAUUUGAAGUGGAUGGAACCGUCAAGAAAAGAGAAAGAACAUCAAUUAUCAUUGGUUUUAUCGAGAUGUUUGGCAUCAAUUCAUCUUUUCUCGUUUUACGUUUCAUUGUUUGGCAUGAUUAUAAGUACGAAGCUUCAGUGUUUAUAGCUAAGAAUGUCAUAUCUUUAGUUGUUGGCGCUGUGGAGUUUUGUCUUCUGAAAAAGUGGAUAAAAUGGGGUGUUGAGGAUGGUUCUUGAUUAUUUCUUUCUCUAUACAAGUCAUGUAUACUUUAUAUACUAGGACUGACUUAGAAAGGUUGCUACCAUUGCAAAAUUAUAUUAGUUUUGUGUAGCUCUAUUGUAGGUGUAUUUCUGGAAAAGUUUUUUUUUAGAAACGUUGUUUCACGUGAAGUAACAUUUCUAGCUUGAGUGUAGAUCAACAGCAUGCAUUGUAAACUGCUGGAAUUUUAUUUGAUGUAAAAGUCCUAUAUGGUGACUUAUGGUCUGGAUAUAAUAUACGAAUAAGUGACAA